UGUCGCAUUUAGUGGAACUACGACAUUGUUUUAAUGUGAGAGGCAAGAUCGACAAUGAAUUGCUAUCGUCGAUUAUCCGAAAAUGAAAGCCCAUCUACAGUCUUAAAUAUACAGGUCGAUGAUCCCGAUACAACAGAACCAAGAGAGAAUGAUCAGGGCGCUGCUACAUUGCUGCACUCGCUGCUACAUUGCUGCACUCGCUCAUACUUCUUUUUCGCUGGGCAGUGGUUUUGGCCUGCAGAAAAUUUCAUCAAAAGUAAAAACCUGCCAAGAAAAGUAUGUAGAAUCGCAUACGCCAUUUGGCAGGUGAUAGUUGUGCUCAUAAUGUGGUGCUAUUUCCUGUACUCGAUGGGAUUUUUCACACUGCGAACCAUUGAGGAAGUCGAUUGGCUAUGCCCGCUAACCGACAUCAAGAACAUGGCCCACGGUUUAUGUUGGAUAGUAAAUCAGCACACGGGACUCGUAUUUUUCUCGUUCGGCAACUUUGAAAGUCUUCUGGAGCAGCUGAGCAUCACCAAGAAAGAGGUAAGUUUCCCGGAACGGGGAACUGGGGGAAGGAAGGAAACAGGCAAGAAGAAGGAGAGGAUUGCCCGGGGUGAUGAUGGUGAUGUGAAUUAUGCUUUACAAAUUAUUUUAACCACUUUAAGUGAAAUUGUAAUGAGUAACCGUCCAGGCUAAGGCUACUGAGCACGAAAUUUGUAGUACUGCUAUUGAAUAUGCUGCACAUGGAAAUCUAACGGUAUUCAAGCAGUCGGGGAACCCUAUAGUGUAACCACGGGCGUCCCAAGCUCACGUUACGAGCGUGUUAUGUAAAUUAACUUUCAUACGAGAGAGUCGGUGUCGCGUUACAAGAGAAAAUUCAGGGUCUUUUCUGAGGGCCGAGUUGUUCAAAGCUGGGUUAAGAUAAGGGUUAGUGCAAGAUUUGAAUUCAGUUUGAAAGCUUAAAAAGCAUUUCAGUAUUAAUUCUUUUUGUCUACAAGUUGAUGAUUAGAAGCUCUAAAAAUAACAGAGAAAAUUAUCCGAGAAAAUGCUUUAGAACACAAGAACAAGAAACCCGGGUUAAAUUUAACCCCGGGUUAAGCGCUAACCGGCCUUCGAACAACUGGGCCUUGAGGUCUGCGAACGCUAAGUAUCAAAAUUUUUACUUUUUUUCCAUGAAAUAUAUAAAGAAGACUUACCUUUUAUGUGCUACUGUGUUUUUGGUAUGAAAUCAUCGAUUUGUCGGUUUCUUUGGCUGUUAUUGUUUGACCCCAUCUUAUUAUGAAGUUAGUGACAGGGGUCAAACAUUGGCUGUGGUCAUAGGCGUACGGGCGGGGGGGGGGCGAGGGGGGCUGCAGCCCCCCCCCAAAUUUUGGGCAACUCAGAUUUUUUGGACAGCAAGAGAAAAUUUGGGCAAAGCCAGGUUUUGAAGACGUUUCCAUGUUUUUUUAUUAUUAUUAUUAUUUUGAAGAGAUAAAUAUUUUAUAUUUUAAUCUGACAAAAAUCCUGACGUGGGCGUAAUAAUCCGGUUACAUUCUCUCGAGACAUUGGUUGCCUAGCACGUGAUGAGUUUCUGGUUAUUAGGAAAGGGUAUCAUGCGUUGACUUACAUAUUUAUAGUUUUUUACUGUGUUUAGUUAAGGUAAAAAAAACCACUGCAGAAACCGUGUACGAUCAAUCUUGCUCAACGUCGGAUCCACAAAGAUCGUGAUCAGUCAAAAUAGAUCAAAUUGAAAACGUUACAGUCAAGAGGACUUUUGCGGGGACUGAUCAAACAACGUGAAAUAGAGUUAAAUUGCGAUAUUUCGACUGGCCAAUACCAGUCUUCAUCAGGUUUAUAUCAGGUUUUUUACUGUUGAGCACUGUACUGCACUGCACUAACUGGAAUGGGCUCUUUCCAGACGUGAAUAGAUUAGAAUAAACUUCCGCCUAACUUUCUAGAAUCAUCUCCCGCUCGUAGAAUAGUGUAUGGCAGAUAGCAUCAGCAAUUGAUCUGAAAAUAAAGAAGUGGCUGACUAGUUCUCCGUUCGAUAACGGCCAAACAUCAAGAUUUUCCUUUUUUACCAUAUUUCUAUUUUUAACUUCACGAACAUCGAGGCGACUGUUUGAGGAAAAAGCUUCCGUGAACGAUUCUGUAAGAACAGUUCCCUGUGCCGAGAAAUAUUACUGCAAGUAAUAUAGGCAAUGGCGUCAUUUCGUUGCUAUGACAACUCCGAUGUCAUUGCAUUCCUGAUUAUGACAAAUUUUUAUCUUUAUCUAAUAAAACUGUGGUGGCAAUUUUUCCAAAUGUUUGUCUAUGGCGACGUAGUUAUGCUCAGAAUUGGAAGGUAUUGACCCUGAAAAACUGUUACAGUAUCGAGCUACCUUCAUAUGCCAGUGCGGCCUAUGUUGCUGCAUCGUAUGGCCCUCGUUUCUUUCCGACUAUACGUUUCGUAAAAGUUCGGGCAACUUGCGAGAAUUUUUUGGGCAAAUGGUUUACCGCCCCCCGCACAGGGUCCAGAGGAGAUGUGUUUGUCGUUAGAACAUCAAAACCCGUCGAAAACCUCUGAAAAAAUGGGUUAUUUUGAUCGCGUUACAGUUUCGUUACACAUUCUAUUUGACUUUCAAAAUGGCAAACAACAAAGUCGACCUGGGUCAGAUAAGAAGCGAAGAAAUUGUUUACAGUAAAUUCAUUAAGAUCUCAUUGGGCUAAUUAAUCGUGCUAAGCUACAGUUAUAGACAUUUUUCAAAGGUGAGACUUUAAAUAAGUAAUUCAUUUAUUCACACGAAACUCCUCUGGACCCUGUGCCCCCGUGGCAAAAAAUUUCCCGUACGCCUAUGGCUGUGGUCACACUACAAACUUUUUACCUAGGUAAACUCGACUUGUUGACAGUUUACCUAGGAAAACUUGAUUUUUUAAGUGUGGCCGAUUUUUCCCUAAGUAACUUACGUCGGGAAAUUUUAUCGGCUGAGUCUUGGAUAUGUCUCGAGAUCAAUAGACGUUCCCUUGACAGCUACCCCAAAGCGAUAGCCAAUAGACGCUCAUUGGCGAAGGCCUUGAUGACAGAACCGGACAUAGCUCACGCUGUGAAAGAAAUUUUGGGGGCACGAGUCGUCUACGUUUUCGCCUGUUUUCACCUUGCACGUUGAAUUAGCGUAAGAAAUAACGGCGAGAUAAAAGAAAAAAAAGUCUCUUUGAUCGGCUAGAUCCGUGCGCAUCUUGCCUUCUUGAAUUUGCAUUCCAAAAAAUUCAACUGUCCGUGAAAACCUUGGGAGCCGAUAUCAGUAGUGUGACCUUCCCAGAAUUUUUUACCCGGGUAAAACAAAACCCGAGAUGAAUUUAUGAAUUUGCCCUAGGUAAAUCGGUUUUGCCUAGGUAAAAGUCCGUAGUGUGACCACAGCUAAUAACAGCCAAAAAAACCCGAUUAAAUCGAUAAAUUCACACCAAAAACACGGUAGUCCAUAAAAGGCAAGUCUCCUUUAUUUAUGUUAUAGAAAAAAAGUAAAGGAGGAGUUCAGGAGGCGUGGCAGGAAUUUCACGCCUUAAACCAUUCAUUAAUUAAGAAACUCCGCUGGUGAUGAAAAACAUGCCAGACACAUUUAGCAUCGAUCACGCGUGUUUAGAAAUAUCUCCUUUCGAAACAGUGAUUUUAUAAUGUUUCCAUUCCUCGAAAUAAAAUCGGCAAACAUACACAAGAAAGCACUACGUACUCAAAAUACCAAAAAUCCUUCGUGCGUUUGCGCAAGAUGUGCCUUAUCGUUAUGAAAGCGUACGUUUCAUGGAAACGUCGACUUGUCAACGACUUGUCAAUGACGGCAACUUAAACGAAACCCGUUGUCAACGCAAAUUAACAUCUAUUGUCUAAUGACCAAUCAAACGCCUGCGUUGCUGGUACAACGCGCUCCGUGAACGCGAGCUGCAGUGAUGUUAUUACAGUCCCUCUAUUUUAUUAUUCCCUUCCCCCCCCGCCCCCAGCCAUAAUCCCCAACGCCCGCCCCCUCGGUACAUUUUAAAAUCAAGAUAGCCGUUACGGUAAGAAGACGCGGUAUAUCUAAACGAUCUCACGAAAAAAUAGGGGACUGUGAACAGUCUAAUAACACGCUCGUAACGUGAGCUUGGGACGCCUGUGGUGUAACCAUUCAAAUGAAAGCUACUGAGCAGUACUCUCGUGUGGUACUGGUUCUAACUUAUGAGUCUGUGGAUGAAAUCCUUUAGUGUGACCCCGAAGCGGGGGGGUACUCCCUUACAAGGGCUCAAUGGGGACGUGCGGCCAGCCGAGGUAUGUUUUUCGGGAUUUUUGUCUUAAACAGGGUAUCUUUUCUUGGACGAUAAACAGCCUGCGCGUAUGUUCUACGAACUGGAAACUACAGCAAAUUUUUUUUUUUUGGUUUCGGGUUAAAUGUCUUAAACAGGGUAUCAAAAAUCGGAAUUCUGUCUUAAACAGGUCGGGGUAGGAAAAUCAGCGAUUUUUGUCUGGGUCAGAGUAUGAGGGGCCGGGCUGCACCUCCCAACCCAAGGAUAUAUCGAGUACCCCUCCCCCCCCCCCUCCCCCGGGAGUGUGACCAUUCAAAUUAAAGCUACUGAGCAAUACUUUCGUGUGGUACUGUUUAUUAUGCUGUACAAGGCGGUUCUAACUUAUGAGUCUUUGGAUGAAAUCCUAAAGUGUGACCAUUCAAAUCAUGAAAGCUACUGAGCAUUGCUUUCAUGUGGUACUGUUUAUUAUGCUGUACAAGGUGGUUCUAACUUUUGAGUCUGUGGAUGAAAUCCGAAAGUGAAAGCUACUGAGUAGUACUUUCCUGUGGUACUGUGUAUUAUGCUGUACAAGGUGGUUCUAAUUUUGAAAUCCUAUGAUGUGACCAUUCAAAUGAAAGCUACUAGGCGGGUACUUUCCUGUGGUACUGUUUAUUACCCUGUACAAAGAUGGCCUAGCUUCGUGUCUGUGGACGUAAUCCUCAGCGCGACCAUUCAAAUAAAAGCUACUGAGUAGGACAGGGGCAGGCAGAGGGUUCUGGCCUUUCAAAGAACUCAUCCACUAUUGAAACAUUCCUGUACUGCUGACGUUUUGAAAUACGGAAUUAAACGCAAGACGUUUUCUAUACUUAACGUCAGUCUUUCUAAAUCGUUUCUGCAAUCUUUAGGUGAAGAGAAGAGCUUCGUCCCACUCGAUCUCCUUUUUCUUGGCAAAUUCUGUGGCUUGGCUAUUUGUCGUUCCAAUAACUUUGCAUGUCACGCAAAUGUUAAUGCCAGAUUUUUUGUCAGUGCCAAGAUACACAGAUGGAAAGAUCACAGGCACCAAUAAUUACACCUUCCCGACCACACAGGUGGCCCUCGAUGUUAUCUUUUACGCAGCCAGUCGCGGUUUCUCGCUGCCCAUUUUCUACGCGUUUCUUUACAUGAUGUUGUUCCUGUGUUGCGAAGUGGACAAAUUCAAAGACGAGCUUGGAGAGCGUCGCUAUCCAAGCAACGUUAAAGCCAAGGGAAAAGCCAUAAAAAUAAAAAAGCUGAUCAAGGAGACAGAGAAGGCUUUCCGUUUUUUCCUCUCGUUGUACAUAGCCAUGAUUUUAGUGGCUUCAGCACUGGAAAUUUUCUCCAUCGUGGAAAAAGCAGAAACCGUGAUUAUAGCAAACCACACCGUUUAUGAAAUACCCGCAAGCGCUGCAGCAGCCAGCGUGCAAAAUUGGAUGGCUUUUCCGCACAGGUAGGACUUUCAUUGUAAAUCUCAUUACGAUUCCUAAGGCUGUGUUCACACUAUGCUGGAUAGCUUUUCGCGGCACCACGGAAAGCUAUCCGGUAAAGUAUAAACACCAACGACCCGGGGCGGCACAAGGCGUUCACACACGUCAAACAUCGUGCCGGCGCGGUUGAUCGGGAGGGUUUGGUGCACUAAAUUGCAGUCCUCACUCCUGAAUAUUUACUUCCGUCUCAGUGGGUUCCAGUCGCUGCUCCUACUUAAACUUCCGCGACGGUCCGAAUCGCUGCACCAAAGUGUGGCACAAAACCGAUCCGACACGUGACGCUCAAUGCACAUUCGAGAUCGGCGCGGCGCACCCUCGCUCUGUCACAGAAAUAGCGUCGCUAAAACCGUUCUUAUGUGUAACAGAAGCCCUUUUCGUUAUGAUUUUCAUGGCGGCGUAAAAGCUUUCCGGUAUAAUGUGAACACAGCCUAAUUUAUAGUUCUGACAGCACUUUGUUUUGUUCAUAAUUAUGUUUGUUUGCAAAAUCAUAAAAAUUUUCAAGAUCUUUCUAAUCUUAUGUGGUGUGCGUCAAAAUUCGGUUAAAAAAAUAGUUCCAUUCAAUUAUUAGCUGAUAUUAUUCAAUUCUAAACCUCGAAUAAUGCAUUUCUAGCUUGCUUAUUCAUUAUUCACUGUAUCUCAGCCAUUAUGUCUGCGAUGGACCUUCUAUGGAAAAUAAAUAAAUACUGAAAUAAAAUCUUAUAAUACUUCAAAAGAUACAAAUACAUAUCUUUAGUUACAAGUAGAUUUAAAUUAAGAAAAUUUACACGCUGAUAGCCUGAAUCUUGCACAACAAAAGACGACCGUGAGUAAAAUUUAACAAGAUACAACAACAACAACAACAACUUUAUUUGUACUCCACAUUGAAUUAUAUACAUAUAUAUAAAUAUAUAUACAGUACCACAAGUGAAGAGUAAAACAAUAUGUUUUUCGUCUCUCACCUAUAUUUCGGCCGUGUUAAACGGCCUUCAUCAGGGUGAAUGGCGAUUACAAGCAUAACACACCAUUAUAACAUGAUAACGAACAAAUUUGAAAACUUGCACGCGCUACAAAGAAAGAUAAACACGCGCGCGCUCUUACCGGACGCGAGAUCUAGUCGACCUAUUCUGGCUGUAAAAAAAGUCACUUAUAUUCAAGCCCUGAGGCUGAAUACAGUUCAACCUAUAGGCCCACUGGCCUUCUUUAUCCCGGAGAGCUGAUUCUUCCCCGGACACUCUGUCAAUUAACUGUAUACUGACAUCCUCAAGACCAUGGUGUCCCGGGCCAAAAAAAUGUCUAUACAAAAGAUCAUUCUUGUUUCUACCCUCAAAAGAAAGCCUUGAAUGCGCUCUAAAACGGGCCUUAUGAUUGUUAAACCUAAGCCUAAAUUUUGUUGUUGUUGACCCAACGUACUGCGCAUGACAAACCUUACAGGACAGCAAGUAGACAACAUUACUACUAUUACAAUCCAGUUCGUAGUUAAUUGUAUAGCUCUUUCCAGUUCUGUAAGAGGUAAACCUUUCUCCCGGUUCUGUUUAGCGUGUACUAUAUAUAUAUAUAUAUAUAUACUAAUAAAAAUAGAGAGAGUACAGGCUGCCCAUAAUAACCAUUGAGGGCUAAGGAGAUUGGGCAGCCUUAUUUAAGUUAUUAAAAUAUAUAUAUGCUGGUGAAGAAGCUGUGAAUUUGUCGUUUACACUGUGUAAUUUCUUUGUUAACACUUUUAACGUUAUUGCCCAAUAUUAACAAAAUGAACUCGACAGCCGUGACACAGCCCCUUUAAACUUUCUUCGAUCUUUCACCGAUUAAUUGCCAAUAGCACGGGCUAAUCGUGACGAUGGGUGGUAUAAUUAGGCAGUGGUUGAUGACAGAUAGGUGUCGGCUGUGGACUUAAAAACGAGCAAAGAGCAGUAGUUGGAAGACUGUUCCACACAUGUAUACACCGGGCAAAAAAGAGUACGUGUAGGCAUCAACAAAAGCGGGUAAAAGGUUGUAUGUCGUUCUAUGGGACUCCCUGGUACAAUCCCAUGCAUCCUGUCUGCAUUUUUUCCAUGGGAAUAUUAACAAUGGAAAUGAGAGGUGCUAUGAUAAAGUUCCCAAAGAUUUAAAAUAAUUAACAAAAAAUUUAAGUGAGGGAUGCUUAGUUCCCCAGAAUUAAAGCUCAUAUUAGUACUAAUAAGCUAACCUGUGAACUCCUAUCCACAGGUUAACCAGAAAACGCGCAAAUUACCUCGUGAUAAUUCCCACCUCAAAUCACACCGUGGGAAUGUUUGGACGUGAAGGAAAAAUUCAAAAGAUUCUUGUUGAUCAGUACAAGAUUACGACGCAAGAGAUCGUGGUGACAGCUGUGCUGGACAUAACAGAAAACGUGGUACUGUACGCCUUUCCACUCUACCAGAUGUCUGUUCUCAAAAGUUGUUUGAAAGGAGUCCUGGAGAUGGUGGAAGACAGCGAAGCACAGGACACCCAAUCAGACGGAACUACAUCUGGCGAUAAUGCAGCACAGGGAAUCAACUUAGAUGAAACUACUUCUGGCGAUUAUGGAGCACAAGGGACCCACUCAAAACACACGGCUUCUUGGGAGGAAACGCCUAAGGUGAUAUUUAGAACAAGACAAGAGCAGAACUACUUCACGGAUUGGUUCCGCCGUCACUGCAUUUCUGGUAUUAAAGUUCUUGGCAAAGAAGUGAGUUUUCUCUGGACCUUAGUGUUGACCUUCUUUGGUCCCUUUGUAGUGGUGGUGGUAAAUUUGAUGUUCAAGCACAUUCACGUCGAAUCUCCUUGGCAUUAACAAGGAAAUCGAUAAAGAAGACAAAAACGCUGGACAAACUUGUUUACUAUCACCUACUCGAUGUAGUUUUUCCCAACUGAUCAUAGGUUAAACGAUUGCCGGUCAUUUCGCUACGCAGUUCAGUCAGGAGCGGAUCGGCUCCUGGUUCAGUUCUUUCCGAAUUUCGCUAUACAGUUGUAUUUUGAAAUUGAUGCACGCUGUGAUGGUACUGCAUCCCAGUUUGUUCCUUACACGAAUACUGUGAUACACAAAUGACGGCAUAACUUUUCAGCCCAAGUUCAGUAUUUAUAGAGAGUUUUCACUCAUGUGACCAGCAUCUAUGUUAAUUUAUUGGAACAAAAGAAAGCGUUUUCAUAAGAAAAAAGGACUCCCGGACUCCCACAGGACUGGUUUGGAACACAAACGCGUGACGUCAUGUGAAAACGCUCCAUAGGUUCAAUUGCAAGCCGCUGUUUGGGAAAUGAGCCCGCGCUCCUCACUUGAGGAGAAACAAAGAGCAACGGACAUGGAACCUAAGUUUCUUAUCAUGCUUAUAGAAUGCCUAGUUAACGUUGUAGCGGAAGGAUUGCACAGAAAAAGGACUUCGUAGCGAAAAUACCGGACACCAGUCAAACAGAUAACUAAGCAUAAUAUUUACAAUACCAUUUUGCGCAAUUUAGUUUCAGGUUUUCAUUAGAAUAACGGAUGAUUUAAGAAGCCGAUAAUGUUGUGAAUAAUAAUAAUAGCUGAUAAUGAUGAUCAAGGCAUGAUAAUGAUGUUGACAACAAAUAAAUAUUGGAUGGGGUUUUUGUGAUAUCCGGAAUAAUCAAGGUCGCGGUCAAAUAAAAUGUUAUCAGCCGAGCCAAAAGGCCGAAGCUAAUAACACUCACCGAGACCUUGAUUAUUCCGGAUAUCACAAAAACCGAGUCUAAUAAUUGUUUCAUUACACAUUGUUUUGAAGAAAAUAAGGAGUUUACUGAACGAUGACGACGACGGCAACGAGAACGGCAAAAAAGCAAAGGGUUUAGACAAGCAUUACAAAAACUUUGCACGUGCAUCACGCUUUUUUGUACAUUUCUCUUCUGUCGUUGCACGACUACAACGUGAAACUGCCUAAUUUACGCUUUGUCGAGGACGGGGCCAAAAGACAACAACUUUCUUUUUCUUUUCCUAACCUUUGAUGUAGUUUAGAAUUAAACUCCAAAAACUUUGCCAACAUUUGACGAAUUAAACGAGAUGGAAUAAGCGCGAUAAAGUUUGAGGCAACGCAAAUUCACUUUUUAAGUGACGUUUUCGACAAACACACCGUCGAGCGGAACAUGUUUUCGGUCGUGGUUGGAAAUCAUGCACUGCGCGCGCAACCUGUUAACAGAAAACUAACUAAUCCGUAAGUUGCGUAGUCUCAGCUGUCGCAGUAGUCGCAGCUGUUUUUAAGGUAGUCACUGGGGAGGAGCGUUGCGUGACGACCCUAAAAACGGCUGCGAAAGAGAUUAUAGGUCGCGCUGAUUUCCAAAAUUAACUGUAGGCUCUUAGCCAAUCAGAAGACAUUGACAAAUAAUGAGUAUAAUGUACUGUAUACAGUCCAUUCUCUCGUAAGUGACCACCCUUGGUGUACGACAAAGUGGAAAAAUCAAGACAAUAAGUCAAUCCCUCCAAGACGGGCACCACUGGAACCGACAUGAGUGUCCUUCUUAGAGAGAUGUCGGCUUUACAGAAAGUAAGAGUACAGUACUGAAGAAAGGAGGGUAACAUGCCGAGAUGUCUAGACUUCCUAGAAGUUUGUCUUAUAGAGAGUUUACUGUAGUAAUGUUGUAAAUAUUUGUAAAAUAAUGUAAAUAAUCAUUUACGACAAAGUUGAGCCUGCUUGUUGCAAACGAGCAGCCUCGCGAGGGGACAGCAGAAUGAAUCUCGAAGCGAUGUAACAUAAGGUAGUGUAAGGUAACUUUUAUGACGUAAUGCAGAACAGAGAAUGCAUUGUUUUCGAGCGAACACGCACGCGAAAGUUCCAAGGCAGAAUGGGUCUCGAAGCGAUGUAACAGAAGGUAGUGUUAGGUAACUUUUACGACGUAAUGAAUCCGACACCGAAGACUUCUUGUGACAGUCCGGUUGCUUGCACCCUUUUUAAGCAUCGCACACCGUGAUCCGUUUGGCGAAUGCCACCGCAAAAGGAUCGCGGUUCUGGGGACGAUAAUGCUUUGCGGACUUCCUCAAGUAAUCGAAAAUGUCACGUGAUCUCAGAUGAAUCACCUGACAAAACAUCGGGUAGAGCUAGUGCAAGAAACGUUGUUCUAGGGUUUGUGUGGGGAUUUCAGCGAUCGUUAUUUAGGAGUCAAAAAUAGCAAACAAUAAACAUCAAAACUUCUCGAAGUCAGUAUCCGACAUUAGCAGAAAAAAAAAUGUUACCUGACUCUGUUAAGUUCAUAUAUUUUUUUUUUUAUAACGAAACGUUAGCAGAAACAACUCUUGCUUAAGAGAGAGAAGUGACGACCGGAAAUGUUACGUUGGCAGGCUAAGAUUCGCCAUUUGCACAUCUCCCAUAAUACACCUUGUUUAUCCCAACUGUUUUCUCUUGGGGCCACUGAAAUACCCAGGAGAAAUUAAAAACAGAGAUUAUGCAAACUUUUGAGGUGCCAAAAAAGUGUAUUAUGGGAGAUGUAAAAAUGGCGAAUGAAAUUUAAAACAGCGCGAAUGAGUCACUUCCGUGACGUUUUCACUGUCGACGUUGUGGUGGUUGAGUCUUAGACCGUAUGAUGUACCAACCACAACUUCCUUCAUAAAUGUAUCCGAAUCACAAUCGCUACAAUCAGUUUUCGUUUCUUCAUUUCGGUUUCCCAUGUGGAACGGGAAGCGACAUAUAUCAGGUACCUGCAGAAGGUCAACAAAAGGUUGAGAUCAGUUCACCGAAAGUGAAAGUUAUUUUUGAAAACAUUUCCUGUCUGUUAUUUCCUUUCGGGGAAGUACCUUUGACAAUUAUCUACACUGUACAUUAAUUUUCGUAAAUAACGAAAGAGAAUUAAGCUGUUGCUCUGUCACAACAUGAAAACUCAUGAAUACAGCCAAAGCCAACUUUACGGACAACUGCUUAAUACGGACACAGCAUUGUCACGGACAGUUUGUUUUGUCCCUGGGGUGUGAGAAAGCCCUUAAAUUUUCUCUUAUCGGGGAUAGAAGCGGAAUCAUUUGAAUCUCGAUAUUCACGAUUCCUGUCGUUUUUGCCUCAGUGAUUCAUGAUUCCGAAAAGAAUUCAGAUUUUGUCUUGGCAUGGAGUUUUUUUGUCACUGAACAUUAAGCACAAGGUUAUUGGAGAAACAAGCGGAAUGUCAGCCCCGAUUACACGAAUUAUAUAGGGGGGUCCAAGGGCAUGUUCCCCGGGAAAAUUUUUCAAAAUUGGACUCUCGUAAAAGCCAUAUCCUGCAUUCCCUGGAUCGAACGCAAUUAAUUCAUACGUGUAUUUUGUUGAGCUUUUCUCAGAGUUUCGUUAUUCACGAUUCCCGAGCCGAAGUACAAAGAUUCAUGAUUCCCAAGUUUUUAAAACAAAGAUUCAUGAUUGCUAAAUGUUUUGCAACUAUGAUUCAUGAUUCAUGAUUCCGCUUCUAUCCCUGAUUCUCUUAAUUCAACCCCCCCGGACACCCUAUGGCCCCCUCAGUGUCCGUGUUAACGGGAUUUGAACCCCCCCCGGACAUCCCAUUAAUAUGGAUACUUUCUAUGGCCCCCUCAGUGUCCGUGUUAACGGGGUUUGAACUCCCCCCGGACACCCCAUUAAUAUGGAUACUUUCUAUGGCUCCCUCAGUGUCCGUGUUAACGGGGUUUGAACCCCCCCGACACCCCAUUAAUAUGGACACUUUCUAUCGCCCCGUCAGUGUCCGUGUUAACGGGGUUUGAACCCCCCGGACACGCAUUAAUAUGGACACUUUCUAUGGCCCCCUCAGUGUCCGUGUUAACGGGGUUUGAAGGUAACUUUUUAAUACAAAAUAAAUAACACAACGCCACAAUAGACAGUAACGCCUGAUCGCUGUUUAGCACUGAAUAAAUUUUAUCAUGAAUACCGUUUUUCAAGAAAGGAUGAAAGGAUAGGGGAGACUUUGAUCAAGCGUGUAAGGAUAUACAGUCAAAUCCCGUUGAUACGGACGGGACUGAGGGGGCCAUAGAAAGUGUCUGUUUUAACAGGGUGUCCGUAUUAAGGGGUUGAAUUGAGAGAAAAUGUAUGGCUUGCUUUCCCCAGGGACAAAGCAAACUGUCCGUAAUAAUGAGGUGUCGGUAUUAAGCAGGUGUCUGUAAAGCGGAGUUUGACUGGUUCGAUAACAGGCUACCUUUCCUUCUCCUAAGUUUUCCCAGCUGAGGAUAAGGUACAGGUGUUGAAUAAAAAGGCUCCAGAAAUACAAUGUUAUUAUAAAACUGAAUAUGGUCGGUAAACAAUAAAUGUAUUACUUGAAGACUUAAAGUGAAACCACUUGACUAAAAGUCAAGGCUUAUAAAUUAGGUGAAGUUAUAGUCAGCUUUACGAUUUAAAGUUUCAUAACAUGACAACGCAAAAUGAUGAUGAUGAUGAUGACGAUGAUGACGAUGAUGACAACGACGAAGACCAUGGGAUGAUAACUUCCGCACUGACCACGUUCAGACCUAUUCAGGACUACACUCAACCGGAUGAUCGUAUACAAAACAUUUAUUUAACUUACUCAUGAAAUUAACCCUGGGUUCACACCAUUGACAGAAAGUUCUUUGUUGUCUGAUUUCUAAGAAAUGUGCUCAUCAAAACAAACGAAACGAACCAGUGGACGUCUAGGAAACUAAUCGGGAAAAACCCCUUUAAAACAAAGCAAGCCAGCACUGUCACUACGACAUUGUUUAUAUGAGAGACGGCGAGAUCGACAAUGAAUAGCUAUAAUGAAUUACACGAAGAGGAACGUAAUUUUUCUAUUGAUUUUUCGCCUACAGAAUCUUCGAAAAUUAUAGGGCAGCCUGGGGGAGAUGUAGCCAUACCGAUUGAAGAUUAUUCUCCUGAUCCCGAGACAACAACACCCACCGACACGACGCUGCUACAUUGCUGCACUCGCUCCUAUUUCUUCUUCGCUGGGCAGUGGUUUUGGCCUGCAGAAAAUUUCAUCAAAAGUCAAAACCUGCCAAGAAAAGCAUGUAGAAUCGCAUACGCCAUUUGGCAGGUGAUAGUUGUGCUGAUAAUGUGGUCCUAUUUCCUGUACUCGAUGGGAUUUUUCACACUGCGAACCAUUGAGGAAGUCGAUUGGCUGUGCCCGCUAACCGACAUCAAGAACAUGGCUCACGGUUUAUGUUGGAUAGUAAAUCAGCACACGGGACUCGUAUUUUUCUUGUUUGGCAACUUUGAAAGUCUUCUGAAGCAGCUGAGCGUCACCAAGGAAGAGGUAAGUAUCCCAGAACGGGGAACUGGGGGAAGGAAGGAAACAGGGAAAAAGAAGAAGGGGAUGGCCCGGGGUGCAUUCCUAGGGAAAUGUAAAUUAUGCUUUACAAGUUAUUUUAACCUCUUUAAGUGAAAUUGUAAUGUGUAACCGUCCAGCCUAAGGCUACUGAGGACGAAAUUUGUAUACUACUGUUGAAUAUACUGCACAAGGAAAUCUAACGAUAUUGAAGCAGUCGUGAAACCCUAUAGUGUAACUGUUGUGGUUCAAUUUUAUCCUUGGCUCAAAUUUUCUUUUCUUUUGUUUUUGGGUAUGGUAAUGUAUGGUAAUAACAUGAUAAUGAGUUUGAAACAAAAGAAAGGAAAAUCUGAACCAAGGAUAAAAUUGAACCACAACAUAACCACGGGCGUCCCAAGCUCGCGUUUGGAGCGUGUUAUGUAAAAGAGUCGGUGUCGCGUUACAAGCAACAGUUAAGACUUUGCAUGAGAAAUAAAAUCCUGACGUCUGCGAACGCUAAAUAUCAUCAUUUUUACUUUUUUUCUAUGAAAUAAAUUAAGAAGACUUACCUUUUGUGUACUACUGUGUUUUUGGUGUGAAUUUAUCCAUUUAGUCGGUUUUUUUGGCUUUUUUUUGGAGGUCAAACAAUAACAGCCAAAAAAACCGACUACAGUUGACUCCCGAUAACUCGAACUCUCGCUAACUCGAACCUCGCGUUAACUCGAACCGAAAUCGAUUUCCCCCGGAUUUCAGUCAUACAUUUACUGUGUAACUCGAACCCUCGAUAAUUCCAAUCUCCCGCUAACUCGAAGUAGUUUUGUUUCCCCUCAGAUCAUUUCUAUAUAAUUUUACCCUCGAUAACUCGAGCCAUGUUUUGAGCCCUUAAAAGUCGGGAAAAAAACAGUCUACUGGUGUCCCAAACAUUGAAUUUUGAAUUUCCCAUUGACGUGUUGUAGGCAUAUAGUUUACUACUGGAGGUUGAUGUUGUUUGUCACAAAUCUAACGUGAAACAGCUUUACUUCUCAAAACAGUAAAACGCAUGCUCUAUUUAAGCAAGGUUUUGUUAUGUUACGAUUCUGAUUUAUAAUCUAGAAGUAUCUUUUAAUUUUCACUUGACAUUUCUACAAUUAAAUGUGAUUAAAAUGUUCACUGUGUAGUAAAAACUGAUUUUUUUUCCUUACUCCCGGCUAUUUUUUUCGAGCACCCGAUAACUCGAACUCCCGAUAACUCGAACGCCUGAUACUCAGGCUAUUUUCGAUUUCCCUUGAACAUGUUGAAGGUUCGAGUUAUCGGUAGUUGACUGGAAAUCGAUAAAUUCACACCAAAAACACAGUAGCACAUAAAAGGUAAGUCUCCCUUAUUUAUUUUAUAGAAAAAAAGUAAAAAUUAUGAUAUUUAACGUUCGCAGACGAGACCUCAGAAUUUUAUUUCUCAUACAGUGUUAACUGAUGCUAGUAACGCGACACCAACUCUCCUGUGAGAAAGGUAAUUUACAUAACAUGUUCGUAACGUGAGCUUGGGUUGGGACACCUGUGGUGUAACCAUUCCAAUGAAUGCUACUGAGCAGUACUUUCCUGUGGUACUGUUUAUUAUGCUGUACAAGGUGGCUCUAACUUUUGAGUCUGUGGAUGAAACCCUAAAGUGUGACCAUUCAAAUGAAAGCUACUAAGCAGUACUUUCCUGUGGUACUGUUUAUUAUGCUGUACAAGGUGGUUCUAACUUUUGAGUCUGUGGAUGAAACCCUGAUGUGUGACCAUUCAAAUGAAAGCUACUGAGCAGUACUUUCCUGUGGUACUGUUUAUUAUGCUGUACAAGGUGGCUCUAACUUUUGAGUCUGUGGAUGAAACCCUAAAGUGUGACCAUUCAAAUGAAAGCUACUAAGCAGUACUUUCCUGUGGUACUGUUUAUUAUGCUGUACAAGGUGGUUCUAACUUUUGAGUCUGUGGAUGAAACCCUAAUGUGUGACCAUUCAAAUGAAACCUACUGAGCAGUACUUUCCUGUGGUACUGUUUAUUAUGCUGUACAAGGUGGUUCUAACUUAUGAGUCUUUGGAUGAAAUACUAAAGCUACUAAGCAGUGCUUUCCUGCGGUACUGUUUAUUAUGCUGUACAAGGUGGUUCUAACUUAUGAGUCUUUGGAUGAAAUACUAAAGCUACUAAGCAGUACUUUCCUGUGGUACUGUUUAUUAUGCUGUACAAGAUGGUUCUAACUGUUGAGUCUGUGGAUGAAAUCCUGUGGUCUGACCAUUCAAAUAAAAGCUACUAAGCAGUACUUUCCUGUGGUACUAUUUAUUAUGCUGUACAAGGUGGUUCCAACUUUUGAGUCUGUGGACGAAAUCCUAAAGUGUGACCAUUCAAAUGAAAGCUACUGGGCAAUACUUUCCUGUGGUACUGUUUAUUAUUCUGUACAAAGAUGACCUAGCUUUGAGCCUGUGGAUGAAAUCCUCAGCGCGACCAUUCAAAUAAAAGCUACCGAGUAGGACCUUCCGGAGAGACUGGUUCAACUGAAGGGACAACUGACUGGUUGUUAGUAGCAUGCGAAAACAGCUGUUUCUCCUCGCUAAAUGGCUGUGUUUGCAGGCUAUUUAUUACAACAUCAAGAGGGUUCUGGCCUUUCAAAGAACUCAUCCACUAUUGAAACAUUCUUGUACUGUUGACGUUUUGAAACACGAAAUUAAACGCAAGACGUUUUCUAUACUUAACGUCAGUCUUUCGAAAUCAUUUCUGUAAUCUUUAGGUGAGGAGAAGAGCUCCGUCCCACUCGAUCUCCGUGUUCGUGGUAAAUUCUGUGCUUUGGCUAUUUGUCGUUCCAAUAAGUUUGCAUGCCACGCAAAUGUUAAUACCAGAUUUUUUGAAAGGGCCAAGACACAGAGACGGAAAGAUCACGGGGACCAAUAACAUCACCUUCCCAGCGACACAAAUAGCUUUUGAUGUUAUCUUUUACGCAGCCAGUCGCGGUUUUUCGCUGCCCAUUUUCUUCGCGUUUCUUUACAUGAUGUUGUUCCUGUGUUGCGAAGUGGACAAAUUCAAAGACGAGCUUGGAGAUGGUCUCUAUCCAACCGAAGAUAAAGCCAAGAAAAAAGCCAUAAAAAUAAGAACACUGAUCAAGGAGACUGAGAAGGCUUUCCGUUUUUUCCUCUCCUUGUAUAUAGCCAUGAUUUUAUUGGCUUCAGCACUGGAAAUAUUCUCCAUCGUGGAAAAAGUUGAAACCGUGAUAAUAGCAAACGACACCGUUUAUGAAAUACCUACCAGCGCUACAGCAGCCAGCCUGCAAACGUUAAAUGUUGGGUCGAAAAAUUUGAUGCCUUUUCCACACAGGUAGGACUCUAAUUGUAAAUCUCAUUACAAUUCCGUCUCAAUGGGUUCCAGUCCUCGCUCCUACUUUUAAAAACUUCCGCGCCGGUCCGAAUCGCUGCACUAAAGUGCAGACUGUUCGCUCCGUUCUCUUCGCGCCGAAAUCACGGUUCUUGCCGUGUGACGGGAAGCCCUAUCCGGUUUGAUUUUAGUGGCGGCGCAAAAGCUUUUCUGUAUAGUGUGAACAUAGCCUAAUUUAUAGUUCUAACAGCACUUUGUUUUGUUCAUAACUAUGUUUGUUUGCAAAAUCAUAACAGUUUUCAAGAUCUUUCUAAUCUCAUGCAAUGUGCGUCAAAAUUCGGUUGAAUUCGGUAAAAGUUCCGUUCAGUAAUUAGCUGAUAUUAUUUAGUUCUAAACCUCCAAUACUGCAUUUUCAGCUUAUUCACUGGUACACACUGUAUCUCAGCCAUCAUUUCUGCGUUUGAACCUAUAAUAUUAUCAAAUGGGCGACAGCCUGAAUCCUGUACAACUUAAGACGACCCUGAGUAAAAUCUAACAAAAACUGGGUUUAAAGCGAAGCUUGAGAAUUCAAUGACACAGUUAUUCUAUUCGCCCUUGUUGGAUAAGAGAUUGGCCUUUUAGCCAGCUCGGCGUGCGGUCUUUUGGAGAAGAAGGAGUAAAGCUCAUUACAACUUAUUAAACCUGAUAACCCUUUGAAAACAAAAAGUACAACAGAAAAGCUAUCUUGAUCUUUCUUCAAUCUUAAAUCUGUUAAAUCGGUUAAUUGCCAAUAGCAUGGCUAAUCGUGGCAAUGGGUGGUAUAAUUAGGCAGUAGGUGAUGACAGAUGGCUGUUGGCUGUGGACUUAAACACGACCAAAGCCAGUAAAUGGAAGACCGUUCCACACAUGUAUACACCGGGCAAAAAAAGAAUGCAUGUAGUGAUCAAUAGAAACGGGUUAAAGGUUGCAUGUCGCACUAUGGGACUUCCUGGUACAAUCCCAUGUGUCCUAUCUUCCUUUUUUCCCUGGGAAUAUAAACGAUAGAAAUGAAGGGGGAAAUAAAGUUUUCAUGCAAGGAUUUAAACUAAUUAACAAAACAGUUUAGUGAGGAAUGCUUAGUUCCUCUGAAUUAAAGCUCAUAUUAGUACUAACAAGUUACCAUGUGAACUCCUGUUCACAGGUUGACGGGAAAUCGCCCAAUUCCGUAUUAUCUGGUUGUGAUUCCUCCCUCAAAUCACACCGUGGGAAUGUCUGCAGGUGAAGACUACACCCGUAAGAAUGUUAUCGAUCACUACAAGAUCACGACGCAAGAGAUCGUGGUAACAGCUGUACUGGACAUAACAGAAAACGUGGUACUGUACGCCUUUCCACUCUACCAGAUGUCUGUUCUCAAAAGUUGUUUGAAAAGAGUACUGGAGAUGGUGGAAGACAGCGAUUAUGGAGCACCGGAAACCCACUUGGACGGAACUACAUCUGGCGAUAAUGCAGCACAGGGAUUCCACUUAGACGGAACUACAUCUGGCGAUAAUGCAGCACAAGGGACCCACUCAGAACAUACGGCUUCUUGGGAGGAAACGCCUAAAACGAUAUUUAGAACAAGACAAGAGAAGAAAGACUUCACGAAUUGGUACCGCGCUACGUGUACUUCUGGUGUUAAAGUUCUUGGUAGAGAAGUGAGUUUUCUCUGGGCCUUGGUGUUGACCUUCUUUGCUCCCUUUGUUGUGGUGGUGGUGAAUUUGAUGUUUAAGCACAUUGACAUCGAAUCUCCGUGGCAUUAACAAGGAAAUCGAUAAAGAGGACAAAAACGCUGGACAAACUUGUUCACUGUCACCUGCGCGAUGUAGUUUUUCCUACCUGAUUAUAGGUUAAACCAUUGCCGGUCAUUUCGCAACGCAGUUCAGUUGAUUCCGAAUUUCGCUCUACAGUUGUAUUUUGAAAUUGAUGCACGCCGUGAUGGUAUUGCAACCCAGUUUGUUCUUUACACAAAUACUGUGAUGCACAAAAGAAAGCAAAACUUUUCAGGCCAAUUUCAGUACUUAUACAGCGUUUUCACUCACGUGACCAGCAUUUGUGCAAAUUUAUUGGAACAAAAGAAAGCGUUUACAUAAGAAAAGAGUUCAACUACCACAGGACUGGUUUGGGACACAAACAUGGCUGCCGUUUUAUUGUUUUGGGAGACCAAUCGGCCUAAACCCCCUGGGGGGAUCUUAUAAAAUUUACCCACCGUCGUAUUCUUUAUUGCUUCUACACUACACUUAGAUGAAAUUUCAAAGUUCUUUAACAUUUCUGCUCAGAAAAUGUUCAUGAAAGUGUAAGUCUCUUCAAUUUUUAAGGAAGAAAAAAAAUUUAGAAGAGCAGGAGUAAGAAUCGAACCCGGAGUGCUGUAUACCACUACGCCGAUGAGGAAUUUCUGGCUAGCACUGGUUUGAUUUAAAGCUAUAUAUCAGCAAGCUGAACUCUAAAUAGAAGCUAACCGUUUGGAGUCAGUGCUUAACCCUAAUCACUAUUUUCAGGGCUUAACCCUUAUCACCAGUUAUCACCAUAGUCAGUGCUUAACCCUAAUCACUAUAGUCAGUGCCCAAAACCAAAGCGAUAAGGAAUACUAGGUUGUGUAAACUUCAUAAGGUGUCCAAGGGAGUUUUGGCCGAUGGGAUCUAAUGUUAACAAACACCAAUAUGCGCCGCGUGACGUCAUGUGAAAACGCUCUAUAGGCUCAAUUGCAAGCCACUGUUUGGGAAAUGAGCCCGCGAUCCUCUCUUGAGGAGGAACAAAGAGCAACGGAAACGGAGCCUAUUAAGUUACUUAUCAUGCUUAUAGAAUGAGAAAUUGGCUUAGUUAACGUUGUACGAAGUCCUUUUUUUGCGCAAUCCUUCCGCUAGCGAAAAGACCGGAUACCAGUCAAACAGAUAGCUAAGCAUAAUAUUUACAAUACCAUUUUGCGCAAUUUAGUUUCAGGUUUCCAUUAGAAUAACGGAUGAUUUGAGAAGCCAAUAAUGUUGUGAAUAAUAAUAACAGCUGAUAAUGAUGAUCAAGGACAUGAUGAUGAUAAUGUUGACAACAAAUAAAUAUUGGAUGUGGUUUUUGUGAUAUUCGGAAUAAUCAAGGUCGAGCUAAAAUAAAAUGUUAUCAGCCGAGCCAAAAGGCCGGAACUGAUAACACUCACCGAGACCUUGAUUAUUCCGGAUAUCACAAAAACCGAAUCUAAAAAUUGUUUCAUUUCACAUUGUUUUGAAGAAAAUAAGGAGUUUACUGAACGAUGACGACGACGGCAACGAGAACGGCAAAAAAGCAAUAGGUUUAGACAAGCAAAACAACAACUUUGCACGUGCAUCACGCUUCUUUGUACAUUUCUCUUCCGUCGUUGCACGACUACAACGUGAAAGUGCCUAAUUUCACGUUUUGUCGAGGACGGGGCCAAAAGACAACAACUUUCUUUUUCUUUUCCUGAACUUUGAUGCUGUCCUUUAGAAUUCAACUCCAAAAAAAUUGGCAACAUUUGAAGAAUCAACGAGAUGGAAUAAGCGCGAUGAGGUUUGAAGCAGCGCAAAUUCACUUUUUAAGUGACGUUUUCGACAACUAACACACCGUCGUACAGAACAUGUUUUCUGUCGUGGCUGGAAAUCAUGCAUUGCGCGUGCAACCUACAGAUUAGUCAGUUACCUGCUAGCAGAUAACUAACUAAUCCGUAGGUUGCGUAGUCUCAGCUGUCGCAAUAGUCGCAGCUGUUUUUAGGGUAGUCACUGGGAACGAGCGUUGCGUGACGACCCUAAAAACGGUUGCGAAAGAGAUUAUAGGUUGCGCUGAUUUCCAAAAUUAACUGUAGGCUCUUAGCCAAUG